CCACUAGGUCACAAGGCCUCCGCUUCCGCUGCCCGAUGCCCGCGCGGGCGCUGGAUGUGCCCCCGGAGCUCUACCUCAGCUCCCCCAAUGGUCAGCAGAAGCUCGGAGGUCUGUACCGCCUGGAGGAGAAGCACAAGAACGGCCUCCCCGUCUGGAAGCGCCAGGGCGAGGGCGCGGAGGCCUGGAUCUACAGCGGGCCCAAUGGCCGGUGGUACGUCAGCGGCAACAAGGCCGUGGAGGAGAGCGACUUCCAGUGCGGCCGGGGGCUGCUGGCGAGCUGCGGGGAGCACCGGAACCUGAUGCCACCCAUGUUGGAGGAGGACAGCUGGCAGUACAAGGACCAGUACGGCUGGAGCCGCGACAGCUCCAUCCGCUUCCACGUGGCGGCGCCGGAGAUGCCGGCGGUGCUGUUUGUGGCCUCCCCGAACGCCUACCAGAAGCUUUCCGGGGAGUACCGCAUGUGUGAAGAACGCGCCAACGGCUUCCCGGUCUGGAAGCGAGCUGGCUCUGGGGAGGCGGCGUACUUGUACAGCGGCAGGAACGGGAAAUGGUACGUGGUCGGCAAGAAGGUGGUGCUCGACCGGCGCUUCUGCUGCAGCAUCGGGGGCCUUGCCUCCUCCCACGCGCACGCAGGAUUGCCACCGGAUGCCUUUGCGGGCAACCAUAGAGGUUGGAGCACCCGCGUGGACAAGGGCUGGCACCAUGACGAGGACAUCCGCAUCGGCACCCAGCCCUUCGAGGCGCCGGCGAGGAGCCUUUGGGUCACCGCGCGCGGGCGGAAGGUCACCGGCCGCUUCGACCUCUCAGGCCAUUUCGCCAACGGCUUCCCCGCCUACCGCCGCGCCGGCGCAGGGGCGGAGACCUGGCUCUUCAGCAGCCGCCUGGGCUGUUGGUGCAUCGGCGAUCACACGGUCGCCCAGCAGAAGUUCUGCGUCAGCCACGGCUCGAUUUGCGCUGAAGGACCUCAUGUGGGUCGCCUGCCACAGGAGCUGUCGCCUGAGGAGUGGCUGUGCCCGGAGGAUGACUGGGCACCUGCCGGCAUCUCUGUCACGACCACCCCACCGACGCUGCCUCCAGUGAUGUAUCUUAUCUCGCCGAACGGCGAGCAAAGGAAGGCUGGCAAGUACCAGCUGGUCAAAGAGAGCAUGGCCAACGGAUACCCGAUCUGGAAGAGCCUCCCUGAUGGUCGCGACAUGCUGUACACUGGCAACGACGGCUGCUGGUACUUCGUUGGCGCGAGGGAGGUGCCACACUUCGACGGAGCCUUCGGCGCUCUGCGGAGUCACGUUCACGGCGGGGUGCUCCCGCACGAGGUGGGCGCGGGGUGGCUUCUCCGUGAGCAAGGCUGGCAGCUGGACCGCGAGGUCUCGGUGUGGCUGGCGCCGCCCAAGGCGCCCAGGCAGAUGUACCUGGCCUCGAGGAGCGGGCAUCAGCGCUUGGCGGGCACCUAUUCCUUGCUCGAAGGUCAAAGCGCCCACAACCUGCCCAUCUGGAAGCGCGAGGGCGGCGCCGGCGAGGCCCUCUACCUCUACGGCGGCAGCGACGGCCGUUGGCAUGUCGGGGACAGCCAGGCGGAGAAGCGGCACUUCGACACGGACCUGGGGCUUUUGCGCUCGCAGGCCCACGGCGCGGCCAUGCCCGGCAUGCUGCUCUGGGAGAGGCGAUGUGAGGAUGGCUUCUUGGCGGACCCAGCGGUGACCUUGACGCGCCCGCCGGAGUACCCGCAGGAGAUCUCCAUCCUGAGCCCCUCCAAGCAGCAGAAGGUCUCGGGGCAGUACCUGCUGACGGACGGUUGGGCCAACGGCCAGCGGCUCUGGAAGCGCCUGGGCCACGGGGAGGAGCUCUGGCUCUACUCGGGCCACUCCGGGCACUGGCAGGUCGGUGGGGUCAAGGCGGCUGAGAAAGGCUUCAACUGCAGCCUGGGGAACUUGUGCAGCGCCGAGCCUCAUGGGGGCCUUCUGCCCUUCCAGGACGCCGGUGGCUGGCAAGCCAGGGACGCCUCCGGCUGGGAGCUCAGCGAGGUGCAGGUCCUGCGAGGGCCUUUCUCCUGCCCGCAAGUGCUGCACCUGGUGGGCGAUGAGCCCGGGGUCUUUGAGCUACAGGGCGAGUAUAUGAACGGCUGGCCUGUCUGGAAGUGCAGCGAGAGAGAUCGGCAGGAUGCCUGGCUUUACAGCACCUGGGAUGGCUUCUGGUGUGUCUCCAGCGAGGUGUUUCAGCGGCUCAGCCACUGCGCCGUGGGGGCCUUGGCCUCGUGUCAGCCCCACGGGGGCGCGGGGCCCCACCUCUGCGACGCCUGGCAGGCGCGCACGUCCGGGGGCUGGGGGGCCAGCGGCUGCCUUCUGCAGACUUCGCCGCCGGAGAGCCCGUCGGUGCUGCAUGUGGAGGCGGAGGCGGAGACCUCCGUCACGGGGAAGUACUGGAAGCUGGAAGGCGAGCUCAUCAAUCACCGCCACGUCUGGCGUCAUUCGGACUCCAAGGACGGGCCGCUGCUGUACAGCCUGGCGGAUGGGUCCUGGCAUCUCAAUGCGGCGGAACCGGCGGCGGGGGCGCUCCGGGUGUCCGCGCUGAAGAAGGGGCCCAUGCUGGGCAUCUACCGCGCAGGCGACAAAAGCUGGGUGAAGCAGUGAGACGAGCGCGGUUCGUCAGGUUGCCUGAGCCCUGAGCGGCGCGUAUGGGGCCCUUUCGUGCCCGACUUUGGCCAAAGAUGCCUGUUGUUCCCAAGGUCCUACGACCUGCGAAGCGGGCCGAAGGCUUUUCGAGCGUAGGGUGGGCAGGCAGGCAGGCAGGCAGGCAGGCAGGCAGGCAGGCAGGCAGGCAGGCAGGCGC